AUGAAAUAUCAAAAUAUCAUUUUAGUUUUAGCAGUUUUGGUUGCUCUCUGUGGUGUUUGCUCAAGAGCUAUUGCCGUCAAGGAACAAGAUAGAAAGGUUGGUGACACUGGAACCUACACCAUAAUCGAGUACUACAGUCAAGAUGGUUGUGAUGAAAAUGACUAUGUUUCGAACCAAUCUUGGUUAAAUAAAUCGUGCCAACAAGGUGUCUAUUACUUCUGUACCCCAAAUGACGACACCAUCUUCAAGUACACAUUCCCAACCCAAUAUUGCGACAAUGGAGCACCAAUCAUUGAAUCCAUUAAAGCUGGUUGUAACGGAAAUGUUUCAUACUCCUGUUAUCAUUAA